AUGUCCACCAAUGUAACUGGAUGGCCAAUAUGCACUGAUUCGGUGGCUUCUAACUCUGAGCACCUGUCCUGUCGAGUAACAGGGCGGCCUUGCUGUGUGGGGAUACAGGCUCAGUGUAUAAUCACGUCACAGGAGCACUGCGAUUUCCUUGAAGGAAAGUUUCAUAAAGAUGCUUUUCUUUGCUCACAAGUUAACUGUUUGAAGGGCAUUUGUGGCUUGACUCCUUUUGGUAAGACCCCAGACCAAAUCCAAAGGCUAGGCCUGGCUGUCUUUCUCCAUGCUGGGAUUUUUCACGUAUUAUUGACAAUCAUUUUCAAUUUCUACAUCCUUCGAGAUCUGGAGAAGUACCUUGGUUGGCUUGCUACUGCUACGCUCUACAUAGGAAGUGGAAUUGGAGGAAACAUCAUCAGUGCUUUGUUUGUUCCCUACUCUGCUGAGGUUGGCCCAGCUGCAUCAAUGUUUGGAGUGAUAGCGUUCUUCCUUAUUUUCAUCGUUUAUCAUUGGAACUUCUUUGACAGGGCCUGGCUCGAAAUGCUCAAGUACUCCAUCAUUGUCGUACUCCUGUUUCUAAUCGGGUUUCUACCAUACAUUGAUAACUACGCCAGAAUCGGUGGCUUUCUGUUUGGGAUGAUGUUCAGCUUCAUUCAGAUUCAUUACAUCCCACAGCAUGACUGUAUGACUGAGUUUAAUUCUUUCAGAUUUCCUAAUCAAAAGGCAAAAUCUUCAUUACUUGGAAAGAUAGCCCUGUUGAUAACUGGGCUGGUUCUCCUCCUAACGCUGUAUAUAUUUUCUUUCCUUUGGUUUUAUUUGGAAGGCGACGUGUGGAAUGGUUUCAGCUAUCUUAAUUGCAUCAUUCCUACCAGUUUAUCAAACCUCUGCCAAGACUACAGACAAGACAUCAGUGCCUGAUUAUAUUCUCCAUACAUUUCUCAUGCUACAAAAUAGUCAGAAAUUUUUUUUACAGUAAAAAGUAUCUUUUUGCUGCAAUGAUUUUUGAUUGAUGAUUUAAUAUCUAAUUUUUAA